AUGUCGCAAAUUCAUGCAGCGUGGAAUUCGUACAUUAGUGAAGCGAGUAAUGCUGCUGAAGAAACCCAUUCACCCCUCUGCUGGAUUGUUGUAGCUUGUUUGGCGUUGGCGUGCGGAGCCCACGCAUCCGGUUGGGCCGGCCCACCCGCCAACAUCGCCCUGUCCCAGGAUGGACGGAAUAUCCUGGACACACCCGAAGUAGCCCAGGCCCGGGCCGCUCACCUCUCCGCUCUCCAACAGGCUUCGCAACACAACCCCAACCCCCAGGACGACGGCUCAUACGACCCUCGGUGGGACAACGAAGAGUACUGGCAAGGAGCUGACAACAAGUGGAACGGUGCCCAGGCCAACCAAUGGAACGGUGCCCCAGCUAACCAAUGGAACGGUGGUCACGCCAACCAGUGGAACGCCGCCCCCGCCGCCCCCUCCUGGAACGCCGCCCCAGCCUGGAACGCCGCCGGCGCUGGCCCCGCUCCCGUCGCUGAGACCCCAGAAGUAGCUCAAGCUCGCGCCGCUCACUUGGCCGCUCUCUCCGCAGCCAAAUCCGCCCCUCAAUCUCAAUGGAACGCUCCAUCCCACAACCAGUGGGACGCUCCCGCCAACAACCAAUGGAACGCCCCAGCCCACAACCAGUGGAACAACAACGGUGCUCACUCUUGGCAGGGACCCGCCGCUAACAUCAGAUUGGCCCAAAACGGAGCUGGUAUCCUGGAAACCCCCGAGGUCGCCGCCGCUCGUGCUGCUCACUUAGCGGCGCACGCGCAAGUCGCCCACAACGCUCCCCCCGCUCACCAACAACAGCACUGGUGA